UCAGAUAGAUAUUGCCGGACUGGUACAGUUGUACAUCACCAGGCGUCAGCAGAACCAAUCAGAGUUGGCCCCCUCCACGUCACCAAACGACCCCACAUGGCGUCAAUGCAGCAGGAUCUUAUAUCCUUCCAUCCCCAGCCCCCAGGAAAUUUUCUUCCGCUUCAAACUCAAAUAGGUACUAGAGUAUUUAUUUCGAAAUUUUAAAGUUCCCACCCAAACACAUCAUCCACGCAUCACAUGACGCCACGCACUCCCCCAGGGUCAAUCACAGCCAUUGGCACCACCUGGCACGGUCGGGCAAUGCGGGCAAGCAUCAGAAACAUGCAGGCCUUGAGAUCAAACUUCAACGGGUGAGAUUCUGCCCGAUCUGCAGACCUGCAGAUCUGGCUGCCUUUAAGAAGCGGUGAUCCUCCUCCUGCUUUCUUCGUUCAAGCAAGGAGGGUCAUAGAAACCCUCGCCUUUUAAUAAUUUUUUGCCUUUUUUUUUUGGUUUAAAUACACUUUCCAUUUUGAUUUUCUGAACGCAUUUCCCUCCAACAAAUUACUAUCUUUCGACUUUCCGGCCAGCGGCGGUUAAAAUUUCCGGCUUUCUAGCCAUGUGUUCCCGCCAUUUUUUGGUCGGAGAUUGACCGCCAGGGCGAAAUUUCUUGAGCGACCCGUUUGAUUUGAAAUUCAAUCCGCUUUUUUUUUUGGCUCCCGCCUCAUAUGGCUUCCGCCGUCUUGCCCAGCCGAAAUGAGUCCUAUUGGGCUGAACGCGAGGUUUGUAUGAGGCAAUUUCCAAACAACCGCACGAAUCAUCCCCAUUUCUACCCGCGGUUGAAUCCUAAACCUCAUUCUAACCCUAGCAGGCUUCCAAACCCCAUUUUCAACUCAAAUUUCAACGUUAGCCGGCAAAUCAUUGAUCUUACAGCUAAAACUGGUCUCCGGCAGCGCAAUGAACCAUCACCCAGGCCUCCUUUCCUGCCACCUUCGGCGUCGAUCAAUGAUCCGCACUCCUUUAACCGGAGUGCAGAUGGGCCUCUUCUAUCCAAGGAUCCGUUUCACCGAGAGUACGUGACAUUCAAAGCGUCGUCGUACUCGAAAAGAGAGCUGAAAGAGCUGAAAAAUCGACUAAUCUCCGACCUCGAACGGGUUCGGACCCUAUUGACCCGAAUACAGACCCGGGAGCUUGAGUUUAGACCCGGUUUUUGUAGGGCCCUAUUCAGGCCGCCUGCUGUAGAAACAAAUCACAUACCAGUGAACCUUACAUCAGAUGAGAAGCAGAACCAAAAGAACCGGGCAUCCGGGUCAGUGACCCGAAAGGGUAAGGGCAAAAAGAACCAAAAACUUUCGGGGCAAAAAAGGGCUCUUGCUUUAGGUGAUGCUCGAGAAACAAAGCGGCCGUUUGUGAUCCCAACUUCAUCAGAGGCCGAGAAGGCGUCGGAAACGGUGAUGAAGAAAUGUAAGCAGAUUUUGAUGACACUUAUGAAGCAAAAGCACAGUUGGGUUUUUAAUAAGCCCGUUGAUGUUGUUCGUCUAAGGCUUCAUGAUUACUUCAAAGUCAUAAAGCAUCCAAUGGAUCUUGGGACUAUCAAGUCUAAUUUCAACAAAAGGGUGUACAAAUCACCCCUUGAAUUUGCUUCGGAUGUAAGGCUAACUUUUAACAAUGCCAUGAGAUAUAACCCCAAAGGGCAAGAUGUCCAUGCAAUGGCGGAGUCUAUGCUUUCGAGUUUUGAAGAAAUGUUUGAGCCCGUGUAUCAGGAGUAUGAAACCGGACAUCGAAAACUGGUUGCUGGGAAGAUGAACGAAAUUACCAACUGGGUUCAGCUGGAACCGGUGAUUGCGAUGCCACAACCAAUAUUGUUGAGUUCGCCUUCAUGUCAGAAUGAGCAGAUUCUGUUGUCUCCUGGAUUGCAGAGUACAAGCGGGAAAUUGCCAAACCCAAAAGCCAAGGAUUCGAACAAGAGGCAAAUGAGCAAUGAGGAGAAGUCUAACUUGGGGUUGAAUUUGCAGAAUAUGCCGCAGGAGAAGAUGGAACGCGUGGUGCAGAUUGUCAGGAAGAGGAAUCCUCAUUUGGUGCCGGACGGAGAUGAGAUUGAACUUGAUUUUGAGGUUCUUGACGAUGACACUCUUUGGGAUUUGGAUAGGUUCGUGAGUAAUCACAAGAAAGCUCUGAGCAAGAUGAAAAGGCAAGAACUCGUUGACGGUGCCAAUUUGAUCGAAGAAGAAGGACCCAAGUCUCCAGUUAGUGAGCCUUGUGAGGUGGAUGUCGAACAGAACAACAAAGAAGAUGCAGGGGAAGAGGAUGUUGAUAUUGGAGAGGACAUUCCAGCAUUUGACUUUCCCCCUGUGGAGAUUGAGAAGGAUGUGGAGGUUGAGAAGGGUAAUGCUGCUGCCUCCGUUCUGGAGGUUGAGAUUGAGGACUGUGCUGGAGCUAAUGGUGGAUCCCGCAGCUCUAGUGCCGCAAGUUCUAGUAGUGAUGAUUCUUCUUCUGAUGAUUCAGAUUCAGAUUCUGGUAGUUCUUCAGGGAGUGAUGAUUCUGACGAGGAUAGUGUACAGUCGCCUUAUGUUGAAGCAAAAGGAGUCCCUGCAGCUUAAUUCUGUUAAUGGGUAUGUGAAGAUUUCAAGUAACAAUUAAUGGAAAAGUGAAUGGAAUUGAGAGGGUUUGAAGUGUUGGCGUUCUAUCUUUGUUGGCUCCCCUUUUUUUUUUUUCAUUUCUGGGUUUGUGCAUUUUGGUAAUGGAGGAGAAUUAAGGUAACUGUGGUUCUGGCUUUGGCAUUGCUUGGCUCAAGCUGUAGCAUUUUGUAAAAAGGAUGGCCAGAAUGUUACUUUAGGUUAGGAUAACCGAGACAUUAGUUAGACGUGACUGAAUUAGGGUGUUACAGCGGAGGGGUACAGUCAGAGAAGUUGGGAAGAACUGAACGGUAGAAAGAUAGCAGUAGCAUUACUGAGUUUGGUAAAACUCUUUUUGAUUUCUAUACUGAAUCACCACACGAUUUUUAGUGGUGGAGCAGCAAAAGCAGUAAACAUGUACAGGGAGUAGUGUACUCUGACUGGAAAUAUGCAAAUGUAGUUCUCUCUUCAAAGAUCUUACAGAAGAACCCUUUUGGCUUC